CACCUACGCCCUACCCCGUGGGCCACGUUGGCCACGCAGCUCCACGUAUGCACACACAUACACAGACAGACAGCUUCACGAAGCUUCAUCACACUUGGAAGGAUUCGUAGUGUCGAUGGAUGUGUGUGCUGUUGUUGCAGGAAUCGGAGUGCGCGAUGGAGCUCAAUUGCCAGCGAACAAUGGAGGCGAGAGAGAGACCCAAUUCUAAAUUGGAGGUGAAGAAGGCGCUCGCGGGGACCACCACCACGUUGUUUGGUUCGCAGCCGCGGACACGGGGUUUCGGGGGAGUCAUUCGUCUGGCGGGCGUGGUUCGGUCGUGGCCAUCAUCUACCGGUCCGUCCUCUUGGGCCAAUUUUCCAUGCGGGACACCUUGCUGGUGGUUUUUUUCCUUGUUGUUGUUGUUGUUGUUGUGCAGUUUUAUCAGCUGGUUGAACAAACCUUUCUGCGAUCGAGUUUCGGUUUUCCGUUGAGGUGCUGCAUUUUAUUGGGAGGGGGGUUGCACUUAAUUACACUGGAACCUGUGGCGUUUUCUACUACACUGAGGCAAGGAAGCUUGGGAGAUUGAAAGACAGGUCGGUUCGGGGUUGUUGGCGUCCAUUUUGAGCUCGAUUACAAUUAAGCUACGUCGUUUGGACUUGUGCUGAAAUCUUUCUAAGAGUGACUCAUUGGAGUGAAGGAUUACUCAGGACUUUGGAUUAGCUGUACCCUGAUCGGUUCUUUUUCUUAAGAUAACCCAGGUUUGAGCAGAAGUUCGAAUUCUUGAAGAUCCGAAAAAGAGAGAAGACAUUGAAGGCGUUUCGAAUUAACUAACAGGUUUCAUGGAUAGGAGAGUGGAGGAACACUACUGGGCCUAUUCGCCUCCAGAGAGUACCUACAAUGAAGUAGUGUACAGACCAUACAGCGAUGGCGUUGACGGGGAGAACUUUUUCCAAUCCCUUAUCGCCCUUUGCGUCGUUUACUUUAUCGCGCGCUUGUUUUUUGACGCAAUGGUUGUCUUCAUGAUUGUGGGCCUCGUCGUGGUUCUCAUCACGCAGCUCCUUCACAAUGUUUCGCCUUCCACUUCCAAGUAUUAUAGGUCUUAUAUUUAGUUAUUUAGGAGGAGUUUACGGAGGAGAGACUUGUUUUGUAUAUCUUAAGAACGGUAUUAAUUUUGGCUGUUUUCCUUUUUUCCACCUCAAUUGAUCAGAGCGUCUUUGUACACUUGUCCUUCACA